AGUUCUACCACAUCCAGCGCUGUCCAUCCACCAUGGUCCGCCGGCGUUCGACGAAGACCAACAAAGCAAAGGCGAAUAGUAAGCCGCGCGGCGUCAACCGCAGCGAGGGCAAAAUCAACAAAUGGAAUAGGGCAGAGGAUAUACCGCUCGACGAGGAGGAUGAAUUCCAUGCAUCUCGAGAUAGGAUAUUGCUGGAGGGCGAGGAGGGGGGCUCCGACGACUAUGGGGAAGAAGAGGAGGUGUUUGCGCUGAAGGGUAUGCCGGACUCGGACGAAGAUGAAGACGAAGAUGAGGAUGAAGAAGCGGGAGAGGAGGGCUUUGAUGACGACCAGGAGCCUCCAAGUAAGAAAGCCAAAGCCCAGCCGAAGUCCUCCAAAAAGUCCAAGUCAAAGAAGCAGGCCCAGUCCGACUCCGCGUCCUCCGAGUCCGAAGAAGAAGAGGAGUCGUGGGGCACCAAGAAAUCCGCGUACUACUCCUCCAACGCAGCGCAGCUCGACGAGGAGGAUGACGAGGCGAACGAUAUGGAGGAGCAGGAGGCGAAGCGUUUGCAGGCGAAGAUGCGGGAUGCGCUUGCGGACGAUGACUUCGGGCUCGCAGAUGCUGUGGAGGUCAUCCCGAACCAGGACGAUAUUAUGCUCGACUUGACCGAGGCACCCGCUGCCCCGGUCGCCCCUGCUCUACCUUCAGACAAGAAGGCUAUCGUCCAUCACCUGGAGAAGACCUCCCCGGAGACGCUUGCUCUCGCGCGAGACUGGGAGGACGUCGUCGAGAACCUGAAGAAAACUCAUAAACGAGUCGAGCAACUGGAAGCCGACACGAACGACCAGGUCCUCCUUGGCAUGGCGCACCUGCACUAUCAGGCCCUCCUAACAUAUGCCACCACCCUCGCCUUCUACCUGCACCUCCGCGCCAGCGAAAAGUACGUCGCCAAACCUGAGCUGCUCCGCACCCACCCCAUCCUUCCGCGGCUACUCUCGCUCAAGCACUCCCUCUCGACGCUCGAAGACCUCGACUUUAACGCGUCCGGCUCGGGCGAGUCGGACUCCGACGACCUCGACGCGUCCGAGUCGGAUCUGGACGACCUCGACCUGGCGCAGGACGCCGGCGCGCUGUGGAAGGCCGAAAAGGAGAAGCGCGGCGAGCUGGCGGAGUUGAUGACUGACGCGCAGUACAAGGCGCUCAUGGCCGCGUACGACGCGAGGCAGGCUGAGCUCGCGCAGAAACAGCAGGAAGAGCAGGACGCUGCGCGGCCGAAGAAAAAGCGCAAGACGAAGGCGGGCGGGCAGGCGCAGCCGAUCUUCGACCUGCAAGAGCCCGACCUCGACUCCUUCGACGCCCCCUCGGCGAAGGGAUCGAGGAACCGCGCGGCAAGCGACGCGGACGACGUGUAUGGGGAGCAGGCCGUGCUGGGGCACGCGGACGCGGCAGACAAGAAGGCGCGGAAGCGCUCGCUGCAGUUCUACACCACGAAGGUAGAGAGCUCGGCGGCGCGACGGCAGGGCGCUCGUGCGGCCUUGGGUGGCGACGAUGAUGUGCCGUACCGCGAGCGGAAGAAGCAGAAAGAGCAGCGGCUGGUGGAGGAGGCGAAGAAGCGCGGGAGGCAGGGAGGGGAUGAUCUGGAUGAUGCUGAGGCUGAGGCUGAGGCUGGGAAGAGGGGGAGGGAUAAGGUAGGGGAAGGGGAGGGUGACGAUGGCGAGGUGGAAGGGGACAAUGGGUAUUAUUCACUUGUGAAGCAGAAGAAGAGGGAGAGGAAGGAACAGAAGAAGACAGAGUAUGAAGCUAUGAAAGCUGCCUCGAGACCGGAUUACGAUGAGGACGCAGCGGAAGGCCCCCGCGCCCUGACAAGAGCCAUUCUCAAGAACAAGGGAUUAACCCCGCAUCGCUCGAAAUCCGUGCGCAAUCCUCGUGUCAAGAAACGGCAGAAGUACGAGAAGGCGAAGAAGAAGAUUGCAUCCCAGAAGCCCAUCUACAAGACCGGAGCUGGCGACGCUGGCAAAUACGAGGGCGAAAAGUCUGGUAUAUCGAAGGUCGUCAAGAGUGUUCGGUUGUAGUACCUUACUUUGCGAGCACGCAUCUACACUCUGUUUCAUACGACUUUGGGUAUAGCCGGAGCCGCACAUGAUCUAG